UUCCUGCUGGGCUACUGAAGCAGAAUUAUGCCUUCAACACAAGCUGAAAACUGAAUAGUAUAUCCAUCUUUCUCAAGACCCUUUCUUUUUCCAUGUGUGCAGGCGGCCGAUGAUUCUGACAGGCAGCAUGGAGGAUCUGUCUCCUCUUGGAUCGCAUGGAGGAUUGGGUGGACAAUGCAAGAUGAUCUGUACAUUCACUUGGCACUAGCACCAGUAUUGCAUUGCCAUCUUCUGGAUCGUUCACUAUGGACCUCGUCGAGCCGCCGCCACAGUCCCCCUCCAUCUUCCUCGACCUUCCCCCAACACCCCACGAUGGCAGCGGUGGCGGCGUUCCCACCUCAGAACAGCAGCAGGAAGAGGAUGUGGCUGGCCUCAAGCACAUCGCGCGUAUGCUCAUGGAGGAGGAGGUAUUGGACGGCAGGUUCUCAUGGCACGAAGACCACCCCGCCCUCCUCCACGCCCAGCAGUCCUUGGCCCAGAUCAUCUCCUCCUCGUCUUCCUCCGACGCCAUGGAGACCGCCGGAGCAGAGCACCGUGUACGUAUCAGCAGCACGGACCUGCUGAACAUGGCGUUCCUCAGGGGCAGGGAGGAAGCCAGCAAGUUGUUGCCCAGAGACGACAGGCUCGUGAUCAGCCCGGAGCCUCACAUUCCGUGUGCCACCAAUGGACUACGACUAUAG